AUAUAUAGCAUCCACCCCCCCCCACACACACACAGACAUCCACUGACUGCUAGCGUGUACAGCAGUACUCGCACGCGAGAGUAGCAAGCAGCAACUUUUGGCCCCUGUCACAUCCAUACCGAGACCAAUGUCUCCGAUGGUAGUAACAACCUCAGAGCACUUUAUUGAUACUACAUCCUCGCGUGCAUUCAGGCUGUCCCUGUCCCAGAGCCGACUCCUGCCCCAGCCCCAGCCCCUGCCCCUCGCAGACCCGUUUGGGGGGGGCUCCCUGACGUCGGUGAACAUUUGCGUGCCGGGGGCGAGCAACCAUCGCCAAGUGCCGGCAACGGGACGGGUGGUUGGAAACCCUGGAACAGCAGUGCCAUGUCAGUGGAACCUGCCGCCGUAGGAGAGCGGGGCGAACUAUCAACUCCGCCGUCGUCAUUCUACGCCAUGGGCAUUCUCGGGGUACGUGGCUAGAUCAGGGGCUUCGAUGGGGUCGGGCUUGUUCCAAUCCGAGUUGGCAUUGGAUGGCGUUAGUUGAUUGACGUCUAUUUCACGCCGGCCGAGUACUUGGUUAGUGGCCACGUCCUAGCUGUACAGCAGACAGCAGCAGAUAUACUGCUGUCAAUGUUCACCUACGUUCCUUUUUUUCUUCUGAAACAUAAUAUGAUACCUGCAAAUUCGCGAGGAUUUCACAUUUUCCCGCCCCAACACCAAACAAGCCUCGCGUGGGUUUUCACUUUUGUGUCCACCUGUUGCGAACACCCCCCGCCCCCCCUAUCAUCACUGUGCACGACCUCUCUUUGCCUUCCAUUUGGUGCUAUCCAAACGUAAAAUGGUAUGUAUGUUUAGGAUCUGCUGUACCACCGUGUUGGCGAUUAUCUUGACCUUAUGCACGCGAGCAUGAUCCAGGACGAAACACCAUCCAGCCCUAACUCUCAUGCUGAACUUA